GCAUCUUCAAGACUUGAAGUUUCUCCUCUGCCAAAAGUUCUCUCACAGAAAGAAACUUGAUCAUGGAUUGCUCUAUACUCAGGUUCUUACUUUUGCUGUUAAUCACUCCAAAACUCAAAGCUCAACAAAGUUAUGCAGAAAACUCAGCUCUUGAUUGUGCUGACAGUGAUGACAGAGGAUCACUCCCAACUUUUCUUUACACCUGCAAUGGUGAAAAGAAAUCCUGCAAGGCUUUCUUGAUUUUUCAAUCUCAACCCCCUUACAAUUCAGUCUCUGCCAUAUCAAACCUUACCGCUUCAGACCCUUCUGAGCUUGCCCGAAUCAACAACAUCUCAGAUCAUACACUUGUGCUGCCUCAAAGCAAAGAGGUGAUUGUUCCUGUAGUCUGUUCUUGUUCGGGUGAGUACUAUGAGGCUAAAGCCUCUUAUCUUAUUCCCAGUAUUGGUGACACCUACUAUACGAUAGCAACAGAUACAUAUCAGAAUAUGUCUACUUGUAAUGCUCUCAUGCACGAAAACAAUUAUAGUGCAUUAAGCUUGCAACCUGGUUUUGAGUUACAGGUACCACUUAGAUGUGCUUGUCCCACAAGCAAUCAAACUUUCAAUGGUACAAAAUUUCUGUUGACUUACUUGGUCAGCUGGGGCGACUCUGUCCCUGUAGUUAGUGAGAGAUUUAAUGUAAGUGCCAAGAGUGUAGCUUAUGCGAAUGGAUUUACAGAGGAUGAUCCUCUAGUGUAUGCAUUAACACCAAUUCUAAUUCCACUGUCAGUGGAGCCUUCAAGCUCUCAAACCAUUAUUCAAUACCCACCAGGGCCACCACCACGCCUUUCUCUUCCAGUUACUCCGAUUCAUGGAAACAGAAGGUCAAAGAAAGCAUAUGUUUGGAUUGGAAUUGGAAUUCUUGUGCUAGUUCUUUGUUUGGCUAUCUUUGGGGUGUUUCUUUAUCACCAGAAAAGGGUUUCUCAAAAUAAUAUAGAAGGAAAAAAGAAAUGGGUCUUGCACGAAAGUUUCUUUGUUACCAUUGCUGAAGAAGUUGAUGUUGGGUUGAAAGUCUUCGAAUACGAAGAAUUGAAAGGUGCUACAGAGGAUUUCAGCAACAAGAACUGCUUAGGUGGCUCUGUCUAUCGUGGGUUUUUCGAUGGAAAAGUACUAGCCAUAAAACAGAUGAGCAAAGAUGCAACUGAGGAGGUGAAAUUACUGAAAAAGAUCAACCACUUCAAUCUGAUCAGCCUUUUCGGUGCAUGUGAACAUUGUGAGGAUUUCUAUCUUGUGUAUGAGUUCAUGGAGAAUGGUUCCUUGAGAGAUUGGCUUAAGAAAGAAAGUUGUCCAGAAGUUCCGAGUUGGAAUCAUAGGGUUCAGAUUGCUUUGGACAUUGCCGAUGGGCUCCACUAUCUGCACAACUUCAUUUAUCCUGCUUAUGUGCACAGAGGUAUUAGCAGCACCAAUGUUUUGCUCAACGAAGAUUUACGGGCAAAAAUAGCAAAUUUCAGUCUCGCACGAUCAGCGGAGAAGGAAGCAAAUAGGAAUUCAUCUACACGGUAUGCCCAGAUAUCACAAGGUUAUUUGGCACCGGAAUAUAUAGAACAUGGAUUGGUGACACCUGCAAUUGAUGUAUAUGCCUUUGGGGUUGUUCUGCUGGAAUUGGUAACAGGAAAAGAAGCUGUGUUCUUGCAGGAUGGUGUAGAAGUGCUUCUUUCAGAAGCAGUAUGCACAACAAUGGGAGGAGGAAAUGCAGAAGCAAUAUUUACGUUAAUGGGAGGAGGAAAUGCAGAAGCUCACCCUGAUAGGCUAAUAGACCGUAAUUUAAAUGCGGAGCAUUGCAUGGAGUUUGCAGUACGAAUGAUAAAGUUAAGUCUAGCCUGCUUGGCUGAAGAGCCAGAAAGCAGACCAAGAAUCCAUCAAGUACUCUCAUCCUUGAUAAAAAUACAAUUGGAUACAGAAAAAGCAAAAUAUUUUUGUAAAACAAGAGUCUAGUAGCAAAAAGUAUGUAUCACACAAGUACUGUUCUUCUGUAUCAUGUAUGUGUAACCAUUGCAUGACAUGAAAAAUUGUUUUGUUGUCAAC